ACCCACAACCCUACUUUAAAAAACACACCAUUGUGAAAAUACUGAAGCAGAUGGCAAUGGCCUUGAUUUCCUAAGCAGCUGGGUGAUGCUUAUCUAAGCAGGGAAUUUUUUUAGCAGAUGGCACCUGCCUGGGCCCAAUGGGCAGGGAGCUCCAAAGUGCCGGUGCUGCCACAUUAAGCGACCAGGUUCUUGCCACAUAAGACCUGUUCUGCAGGGCCAGUUCUGCCACUUGAAGAAGGCCGGUGGCCUCCAGUAGACACACAAUCUGCUAGGGCGCUUGGCAGUGACAGGAUGCCACGAUGGACGGUGGGGUUCUCCCUGACAGCAUCCUUUUUGAGAUAUUCCUGUACUUGGACUACUCGGACGUCCUCUCAGCGGGGCUCGUAUGCCGGCAGUGGCAUGCCGUGGCGCAGGACGAAGUGCUCUGGAAGGACCUUUUCUACAGAUACUAUCCAGUAGCCCGGGACGUCCCACGACACCCAGCUGCCACUUCCUGGUAUGGCGAGUUCCAGCGGCUGUCCGACACCAUCCCCUGCGUGGAAGUUCAGACGUUGGCGGAGCACAGCGACCAAGUCCUCCACCUCAGCUUCUCCCACAAUGGCUACCUGCUGGCCUCCUGCUCCAAGGACUGUACCGUUAAGAUCUGGAACAAUGGCCUGCCUCUCUCCCUGCUCCACAGCACCAGCAUGAAGAAGUACAACUGGAAGUACACCCAGUUCUCCCAGUUCAACGCAGACGAUUCCCUCCUCCUUGUCUCUGGGGUCUUCGUGGGGCCCCGGACUACUUCCUCAGGCGAGAUCGCUGUCAUCGAUCUGGAAAACUUUGCCCUCCUGUCCCGGGUUCGCAACAAGCCCUACGACGUGUUCGGCUGCUGGCUGAAUGAGACCCACCUGAUCUCUGGGAACCUGCACCGUAUGGGGAACUACACCUCCUGCUCUGUGCUGUGGCUGAACAACGCCUUCCAGGGUGUCGAGUCUGAGAACAUGAACGUGGUGAAGAGGCUGUUCAAGAUCCAGAACCUGAACGCCAGCAAGAUCCGGAUGGUGACUGUGGCAGACUGCAGCCGCUACGACCCUUCUGACCUCCUCCUGAACCAUGGGGAGCACUUGGAGGGCGGGACCAGGAGCCCCUGCCAGGCCCCCAACCUCUGCAGUGACAGCGAGGAGGAGGAAGAGCAGGCGGAGGAGCAGCAGCAGGGCAAGCAGAAGGCAGCGCCAGAACCGGGCUCCUCGGGGGCAGAGAGCCAGGCGAGCGCUGGCAGUGGGCUGGGCCGCUUCCUGACGGACAUCAUGGAGGGGCGAGUCCGGCCGGUCAUGACGGAGCUACAGAUGGAGGCCAAAGUCGCCCAGCUCCUGGCACAGAACAGGACGAAGCCCCCCGAGCCGAACCUGCUGUCCACGGAGGGGAGCACUAAGAAAUACUUGAUCUUCACCACCGGCUGCCUCGCCUUCUCCCCACACCAGAUUGGGAUUAAGCAGAUCUCGCCUCACCAGAUGACGACCGCAGGCCCCGUCCUUGGAGAGGAGAGAAACUCGGACAAGUUCUUUGAUUCGCUCGACCACGUCAUUGAUUUCCAUGGGCAUAUUAUCGGCAUGGGCCUCUCCCCUGACCACAGGUACUUGUACGUGAACAGCCGGGCCUGGCCCCAGGACUCUGUCAUUUCCGACCCUUUGCACCCGCCGCCCAUCUCUGAGGAGAUUGACCUCCAUGUGGUGGACCUCAAGACCAUGACGGAGGCCCAGGGACCCUUGCGAGGCCACCGGGCGCACACUCCCAGCAACGACUUCUUCUUCAUAUUCUUGGAUGUCAGCAGAGACUUCGUGGCCAGUGGGGCGGAGGAUCACCACGGCUACGUCUGGGACCGGCACUACGGGGUCUGCUUGGCCAAGCUGCAGCACAGCGACGUGGUCAACUCGGUGGCCUUCAGCCCCGUGGAACAGGAACUCUUGUUGACGGCCAGCGACGACGGGGCCAUCAAAGUGUGGCGCUCCCCCCGCACCGUGAGGCUCCUUCAGGCUGAGAAGCCGCGGCCACAAAAGCUCUCCUUCUCUUGGGUCACGAACCGGAGGAGGUGAACCGAACCGUUGUGGCCCUGCAACCUGCAAGGUCACCGUGUCUACUUGCUGCGGCUGGGCUCCCUCGUGAAAAGCCCUGCCGUAGACAGACAGCAGGCCCAGUGGCCUGGGGUGAGAUCAGAAGGGGGUUCUGGAGUUUUCGGGUGGGGUUUGCUGGCUAAGAGGGGAAACCCGUUCAGCUGCAGUUGCCCUGGGCUCAAAAUGGUUAGGGGUGCAGAUUUUGACACCCGGGACUGCCUCAGCACAGCUAUGUGCUUCCACCCCGGGGUCCGUUCAAAAUGGCUUCUUCAUGAGAACCAGGAAGUGACCUCUCCAGACACCGGAACGACUCUUCUUUUCUUAUCUCUGUGGCUGCAAUCUCCAGGAUGAUGCAGGCACCAUUAGGCAGUUGAAUGCACAUGCAUACUCCAUUUGUUUCCAUCGCUCCCACCACCCUCUGCACAGCCCGGGCACUGGCAACCCACGCUAUGGCACUGCUUCUCAGUUAAGGCAACUAUGGCAGAGCCCUGGGGAAAUCGCAAGAGGGCACAGUAUUAACAUGUCGUACCAGAAACCUCCAAGCCCCUCUCUCCUGCCACCCAAACGCUGAUCUCCUUCUGUUUCCAUGGGCAGAAACAGAAACGUUUCCACAGUGCUCCUGUUCUACAGCCGAUCAUGAAAUAGUGCCCUGGCCGAGCCCCUCCUGCUCAUCUCUAGGUAGAUUGAAAAACACAUUUAACUUAUUAUUUUUCCCUUGGCAUCUGGACCCUACGAUCUGGCGGGUUUGUGUUUUAGCCAGGAAUCAGUCUGUGGGGAAGCCUUGCACUCCAGAGAGUCCAGGGUCUCUGUCUCUGCCCAGUAACAUCCCUUUGGCUGUUUCUGGGCUGAGCCACCACCUGCUCCUCGUUUCCUCCUGGUUGCAGAGCUUCUGCAACCAGGGCGGCGCUCACCCUGGUUUGAGCACCCUGGUUGCAGAAGCUCUUUGCUUUUGUCCAGAGCACUCCCAAACACCCGCUUUGCCUUUCCAUGGAGGCCAGGAGGGAAAGAGAGAGUUGCCGAGCGGGAGGAGGGGGGCGAGCAAGCACAGUGCCAAAUGGGGAGGGAAUUUGAGGAUUAGAUUUUCCUUUUUCCUAGCUGCCAAGUCCCUACUUGCUAGUUCGGAUGUAUCUCUGGGUGCCCCAUCUGGCUUCCUUUCACCACUUGAAAGCUUGCGUGGAAAUAAAGCAGCCUCUCCACAGA